UCUAGCCGGUGCUCUAACGAUGGGGCGGCGGCGGAGGGUUGUUGCCGUUCAAAUGGCGGCUGUCGAAGUCACCGGUUGAGUCCUUGUUUGUCGCUUAACGUAGGCUGCUUGGAUAAUGGACAGCAAACCAGUGGUGAACGGUUAUCAUGACGGCCGGAGCGAGGAGCAGAGGGCAGUGAAGAGGGGGUGCGCGGCCGGGCAGGGGACGCCGGCCUCGGAAUCCGGCCCAGAUGAGGGUCGAGCGGCGGCUGGUAGGGAUUCAAUGCCGGGCAGCAGCCAGCAGAAACAGCGCCGGGAAUCGGCCAAGAAGAACAGGCCCCCCUUUCCUUGGUUUGGCAUGGACAUUGGUGGAACCUUGGUGAAACUGGUUUACUUUGAGCCAAAAGACAUCACUGCUGAGGAAGAGCAAGAGGAAGUAGAAAACUUAAGAAGCAUACGAAAAUAUUUGACAUCCAAUGUGGCUUAUGGAUCAACAGGGAUUCGUGACGUGCACCUUGAACUCAAAGACUUGACUAUUUGUGGACGCAAAGGCAAUUUGCAUUUCAUAAGGUUUCCUACUCAGAACAUGCCAGCAUUUAUUCAGAUGGGCAAUGCCAAACACUUCUCAAGUUUGCACACAACUCUCUGUGCCACUGGAGGCGGGGCAUACAAAUUUGAACCAGACCUACGGACAAUUGCUAACCUGCAGCUUCGAAAACUGGAUGAACUUGACUGCCUUAUCCAUGGAAUGAUGUACAUUGAUGCAGUAGGCUUCAAUGGGUGUGCAGAGUGCUACUACUUUCAACAUCCAACUGAUCGAGAAAGAUGCCAAAAAAUGGCAUGUGCUUUGGAUAAUCCGUAUCCAUUGUUACUGGUGAACAUCGGAUCAGGAGUCAGUAUUCUUGCUGUAUACUCGAAGGAUAAUUACAAGCGGGUAACUGGCACCAGUCUUGGUGGUGGAACCUUUCUCGGUCUUUGCUGCCUCCUGACUGGUUGUUCAACCUUUGAAGAAGCCCUUGAAAUGGCAUCACUUGGAGAAAGUACAAAGGUAGAUAAAUUAGUAAGAGAUAUCUAUGGUGGAGACUAUGACAGGUUUGGACUUCCAGGCUGGGCUGUGGCAUCCAGUUUUGGCAAUAUGAUGAGUAAAGAAAAACGGGAAGCAGUGAACAAAGAAGAUUUGGCUAGAGCAACUUUGGUCACCAUCACAAACAACAUUGGCUCCAUAGCCAGGAUGUGUGCACUCAAUGAGAACAUUAACAGAGUGGUGUUUGUUGGUAACUUUCUAAGGAUCAAUACUUUAUCUAUGAAGCUAUUGGCCUAUGCUUUGGAUUAUUGGUCAAAGGGACAAUUGAAGGCAUUCUUUAUGGAACAUGAGGGUUACUUUGGCGCUGUGGGAGCCUUGCUUGAGCUUGUUAACUCCGUUUGAAUCUCCAUUAAAUCUCUUCAGCUCGUUUUGUAGCUCCUUAACGAGGCUGCUGUUGAAAAGAAGGCAGUAAAGAGAAUAACUACUUCAUUGCAAGUUGUGACCUAAUUAAAUUCCUCUGAACUUAUUUAUGGGAAUGUCUUGGUGCAAGAGAAAAGGAAAAGUCUGUUUUUAAUACAUAAAAAGCACCUUUUUUUAAUGAAGUAGCAUAUGAAGAUCUACAUUUUUGUACUUCCAACUACACUUGGAAGGAAAGAAUUGAAUUAUUGUAUCUUGCAUCUUUUCUAUACAUAUGGCACCUUUUUAUAGAACUAUUUUUCUAAACUGAAAGUGGCAAUUUUAUUAAAGAGAAAAUGCAGAGAUGUAUUUUAUUUUGCUUGGGGUGGGGAAAACAUCUUUUGAACCUUAAAUUUCAGUCCUUUUUGAAGUAGCAAAUUUUGCUGAGUCGAUGUACAGUUUUUAAUAUAUGGUAACUUAAAUAUUGUUAUCUAUAGUGAAAUAAAAAGAUAAUUACUCAUUAUA